GACAUUUCAGAUUCGGCUGAAUUUGACAGGUCCACCACCAUGGGGGUUUCGUAUCUGUGGAGGAAGAGACUUCAAGAUGACCCUGACUGUCUCAAAGGUUUGUGAAGAUAGCCGGGCAGGUGAUGCUGGGCUGCAGGUGGGGGACGGCAUACUGGAGAUUAAUGGUCAGGAUACUGGAGCCAUGUUGAAUAUGGAGGCUCGGAACAAAAUUAAGACAUCUGAACAUCAGCUGUGGCUUCUAAUUAAAAGACCAGCAAAAACAGAUGUCAUACAGUGCUGUGGUGAUCCAAGACUUCCUCUUAAUUCGGAGUCCUCAGUCCGGCCAAAACAAACCCAUGAGUCAGGACAGGGCCAGUCCAAGAGAGCCCCACAGGAGAGAAACUACGGUCCAGAGCAGCUGAAGCAAUACCAUAAGGAGUUCACCGCAGGACAUAACUCUGCAUCUGAUUGUAUCCAAACAGUGUCAUAUGAAUCGCAGACUACCAAGAAAAAGGUGAGUUUUAAUUAUCCAGUAUGGAGCUACGGGCCAGUUGAUCCUGAAGAGCUGAUGAGAUUCAAGAGAAGGCAAGUUCAACCUCAGCAGCCCAGACAGUCCAACACUUUCAGAAUACUACAGGAGGGACUAGAACGAACAUCACUGCCAUCUGGAGUGGUCCAGCGGUGUCAAAGGUUUCGCACUUGUGAGAGAUGUGGUUACAUCAUUGUAACUCAGGUGGUGAAGAUCAGAGAGAGACGCUACAGACACGUGGAGUGCUAUACCUGCAGGGACUGUGGCUUUAGUCUCAUGGAGCGAGGACAUUUCUGUGUGGAUGAGGAGCUGUACUGUGGGAAACACGCUCAGCAGAGAUGCCAGACAGCCAAUGGCCUUCACUCACUUCCUAAAAACACUUGAAUUCAACGUUUUAAUAUGUUUUCAGCUGUUUUAUUUUACUAUCAUUGAGCUGUUAUAGCUCUUAUUAAUAUUUUGAAUCAGUUUUUAUUUUUAUAUUAGUUUUAUUAAUUGUAUCGUACGUUUUUGUCAUUUUAGUAUCAUUUUAGUUUCUUUUUAAGUAUUUUUUAUUUUUUUUUUUUUCUUUAAUUAAAUAUCAGUUUUACUUUAAAUUAAAAUUAGACAAUUGCCUUGCCAACUAGCUGGAAUAUUUACUUAUUUAAUUUCAGGUUGUUUUCAUUUUAUUUCUGGUAACAAAAAGGAUUGUUUAUAUACUAAUAAUACUGGUUUUCAGAUAGACCAUGCUCAUGAUGCUGUUUCAAAAUUUUUAUAAUAGUGGCAAACGUAUAAUUUACCUAUAAAUUCUGUCUUAUUUUAUUCUAUGCAACACAAAAGCAGAAAUGAUCUCCCUAAUCAAUGAAAGUGGAUGGUGACCAGGAUUAUCAAGCUCCAAAAAGGACAAAGAAGCACCAUGAAAGCAUCAUAAACAGUCCUGAAAUACUCUGAAUCCGUACAAUAGCUUUGUGUGAGGAACACAUUGAAAUUUAAGUCAUAUUCAAAACAAAUCAUGCAUUAAGGGAUAUUUCACCCCAAAAUGAAAAUUCAGUCAUCAUUUACUCACCCUCCUGUCGAACACC